AUGCCGGGAAGAUUGAAUGGUGUUAUCAUUUGUGAUACAGCAACAAAGAAAGCAAAAGCACUGGGAAUUAUUAGAAAGAAAAAUACUUUAUUCGUGGCUGAAGUAAAGGGUCACAUUGAUGAAAAAUACAUUAAUGAUUACAUAAACUUUUUACCGAUAAUAAGAAACUUAGAUAUUAUCACAGAUGAAAAAACAAUUGGCAGUUUUAUGUAUAAUUACAUGAAAUCAAACAAUCUACCAGUUGACCAGAAACAGAGAAAAUUAACUCAGUUAGCAUCAACACACAACCAAUAUCAACCAUUUUCUUCUUAUUAUCUUUGGUAUCUAAUAGACAGAUUUCAUUUUAUCAUUGAUGACAUUCAAUCAAUUUUAACAUUUACUAAAAACACUUGUUUUAAUGAAUUUGCGAAAGAAUUUAUGAACGAAAGACAAAAGGCUGAAUUAGAAGGAAAUAAAGGAAAAAGUUUAUUUUGCAAGAUUUCGCUUAAUGGAUCAUAUGGUUACGAUGCAAUGAAUACACAAAAUUACGCAAAGACUAAAAUAAUGAAUGCACAGAAGUCACGCGUUGCAUGUAUGUCAAAUAAGUUUAAAAACAUAAGAGAAAUAGGUGAAGAUACAUAUCAAGUGAUGCUUAAAGAUAGAUUUUAUAGAUGUGAUACAUGUUUACAAGAGGCAUUCUUCACUUUAGAUAACGCAAAAUACUGGUAUUUGGUUUUCAUUUAUGAUUUUAUGUAUAAAUGCUUGAAUGUUAAUCGUUUUCAUUUCAUUGAAGGUGAUACUGAUUCAUCUUAUUGGGCAAUCGCUGGCGACCCAAAUCUUCCUAACACUCAAGCAUUUCAAGCAAUUGUUACUGAUAAACAAUUUUAUGAUAAAAACAUUUUCAAAUUCGCACCAUUUGAUUUCUUCUGUUUUGAUGAGAAAUUUAAACCUAA